ACAUUUUGGCUGCAUGGUCUCCAAUUGGUUCUGUUUCUGAGUUUAAAGGUGAUAAAAGAAAAGUAAAUUAUAAUAUACAGUCUGGUACAUCAAUGGCAUGCCCUCAUGUUACUGCCGCAGCUGCCUAUAUCAAAUCAUUUCAUCCUGAUUGGUCUCCCGCAACAAUCAAAUCAGCAUUAAUGACUACUGCUACCCCAAUGAGUUCCGCACUUAAUCCUGAAGCUGAAUUUGCUUAUGGUGCGGGACAAAUUGACCCUAUUAAGGCAGUGAGUCCUGGCUUAGUAUAUGAUGCCAAUGAAAUUGAUUAUGUCAAGUUUUUGUGUGGCCAAGGUUAUGAUACUAAGAAGAUAAGAACUAUUACAGCUGAUAAUAGCAGUUGUACACAAGACAACAUUGGAACCGUUUGGGAUCUAAAUCUCCCAUCUUUUGCGCUCUACAUGAACACCUCAACAUCUUUUACUCGCGUUUUUCAUAGAACUGUUACCAAUGUUGGAUCCGCUACAUCAAAAUAUAGAGCUAGAGUAACUAUACCUCCUUCCUUGUUGAACUUUAAAGUAGAGCCAGAUGUUUUGUCUUUUUCAUCUGUGGGUCAAAAGAAGUCAUUCACUCUUACGAUUGAAGGGAGAAUUAAUGUGGGUAUAGUUUCUUCUUCUUUGAUUUGGGAUGAUGGCACUUUCCAAGUAAGGAGCCCUAUUGUUGUGUACUUCGAAUAAAAACAAUUUCCAUGUAAGGAACCAUACAUGUACUAUGAAUAACAAUAUUUUCAA